GUAUUUAAAUUUUUAUGAUAAAUUUGUUUGAUUCUUAAUCAAAAUAUAUUUAUUGAAAUUAACAAAAUGAAUGUUCAAUCAAGUAAUAAACUACUUAAGAAUCGCGUGAGACCUGUUGACAUAUCCUUCAAGGAUCUAACUUAUGUAGUCAGUGUACAAAAACAAAAAGAGAAGAAAACCGUACUUAAAACUAUUUCGGGAUGCUUCAAAUCUGGUCAGUUAACUGCAAUUAUGGGACCUUCCGGUGCAGGAAAAUCAAGUCUAUUAAAUAUAUUAACCGGAUUCACUAAAAAUGGUGUGACCGGCACAGUAAAAUUCGGGGAAGCACUGAAAUCACGAAAGCUCUGCUGUUAUAUAAUGCAAGACGAUCACUUCUAUUCAUUUUUUACAGUAGAAGAAACGAUGAUGCUCGCUGCCACACUUAAAAUAUCAAACAAUUCAAUGAAUCUUAAGGAAAAGAAAAUGUUGAUAGAACACAUCUUAGAUACUCUGAAACUCUCGAAGACAAAAUUAACGCGUUGUAGUAAAUUGUCUGGUGGUCAGAAGAAACGUCUAUCUAUAGCUUUAGAGUUAAUUGAUAAUCCAGCUGUACUAUUUUUGGACGAACCCACAACUGGAUUAGAUAGUUCAUCGUCAAGCGAUACAAUACAAUUGCUGCAAACCUUAGCCAAUGAAGGUCGUACCAUUGUUUGUACUAUACAUCAGCCUUCAACAAAUAUAUAUCAUAUGUUCAAUCAGAUCUAUGUGAUGAGUCAAGGUCACUGUACUUAUCAGGGUACACCAUAUAAUACAAUUGAGUUUUUGAAGUCAGUUAACUUGGAUUGCCCACCAUAUCAUAAUCCCGCCGAUUUUUUGCUUGAAUGUGUAAAUGGUGAUUAUGGGAACCAUACACAGGCUUUAGCGGAUAGUGCACAAAAUCCCCAAUGGCGUAACGAUCAAAAUUGUGAACAAAACGAUCUCUUCCAUGAUGUCCAAAUUGUACAAAUGGCCAAUGUAAAUGAUGUACGAAAUCAUAAAAUCUCUCUAACCCCACCAAUGGACUCUACACAGCAUGUAUACCCACCGCCAGAAUGGAUGCGUUUAUGGAUUUUAAUAGGACGAUGUCAUGUGUUGUUCUUUAGAGAUUGGACAGUUACUUAUUUAAAAUUGAUAAUGCAUAUCCUUUGUGCCAUCCUUGUUGGUUUUCUUUAUGGAGAUUCGGGUUCGAAUGCGACAAAACAAGUAUCUAAUCUCACCUCCUUCCUUAUACAUUGCGUUUAUCUCUGGUAUACAACAAUGAUGCCGGGUGUGCUGCGUUUUCCGCAAGAAAUGAAUAUUAUUAAAAAAGAAACGUUCAAUAAUUGGUACAAACUGAAAACGUAUUACUUAGCCACAAUUAUAACAUCCACACCGGUUCAUAUAAUAUUUUCCAUGGUUUAUAUAACAAUUACUUACCUCUUAACUGAUCAACCGUUCGAAGUAGAGCGUUACGUGAAAUGCAUGCUGACGGCGAUUGUGGUCACAAUCUGCGCAGAUAGUUUGGGUAUUUUGUUGGGCACCAUAUUAAAUCCAAUUAAUGGCACUUUCGUAGGCGCAGUGCUAACUUGCUUUAUGCUUAUAUAUUCCGGAGUUCUAAUACUGUUAACGCAUAUGUCACAGUUAAUGAAAUUUGUUUCUUAUUUUUCACCACUGAGAUAUGGAGUUGAGGGUAUGAUACUUUCAGUCUAUGCGAAUAACCGAGAAGACACGAUUUGUCCGGAGAAUGUCAUAUAUUGUCAUUUCAAAAAUGCUGCCACAAUUCUCAAAAGUUUUGGUAUGGAAAAUGGAAAUUUCGGUUUUAAUAUUUUAAUGAUUAUUUUACAAGUGACAUUUUUCAAAAGUCUCGCCUAUUACACAUUGAAACGGAAAUUAACGCAGUAAUUUGCUAUAAAGUUUUCCACUUUGUAAGUUGUGAAAAGUUUUCAAAAAGUGAUAUAGAAUAUUAGUUUUAUACAUAUGACAUUAUCCUGUGAAUAUUGUUAGAUGUCCUAUAUGCAAAUAUUUAUAGUAAAAAGUUUUAUAUUAUUGUUUCAUAUUAGAAACAAUAUCUUAAUGAUUUGUAUGCCAAGUAGAUAAUAGUACUAAACAGAAAAUAAUUAAUUAGUUCUAAUUAAUUAUAAUUAAAAAUUAAUAAUAUUUCGAUUACAAAAGUAUUACGUAUACUGCUUCACCUAUUCUUGCUUGCAGUCUUUUAUCAAAGACAAUCCAAAUUGUACGUUAAUGUAGCCGUGAUAAAAUAAUUAAAAAAUA